AUUUCUGGGAAGAAGUAUGAGAUCAUGGAACUCUGCAGUUCAUAUCUGGAAUUAUUAUAACAAUAAUUUAACGCCUAAAAUUACUAAAAAAACAAUUCUCACGGUCACCUUUCUUACCGACAAUAAUCAACUCUUUUUAGUUAGUUCACGAUGUAAACUAGAGAUGCAGCUAGGCGUUUCAGCGACUAUCGCGGUCAGACCGUCACCAAGUGUAUACAGAGUCGAUGAUAAUUAUUUAUGUUUUUCAUUGGCCCCAGCGGCUAAAUCUGACUUGAGAUUGGCUAAACAUUCUGCAGACAUUGUCUGGAAUUAUCAAUCCAUUGUAUGUAUGUACGCGUUGGAGCAAAGUUGGAAUUGACCGGUCCGAUCAACGUCGUACGUACACACGAGUAGAUAGGAGUUUGUUGCAGACGGUGAUACCGUGUGUUAUAAAAUAUUGUCUGAAUGGUUUCCAUGGUUCUGCCUAAUUUGCGUGAUAAAGAAUAACUAUGUUCGGCUUAAUCGUGUCUGGACGUUUGGUUCAAACAGAUUUCCAGCAAGUAGGUGAAACCCAGUAUAUCAUCACUAUUCCUGAUGCUGACAAUGUAAAUCAUAUUGUAGUUUUUCUCACUGGUACGGUACCAUUUCCUGAAGGACUCGGAGGCGCUGUAUACUUCAGUUGGCCGGAUCCCAAUGCACCUCCUAAUUGGCAGAACCUUGGCUUUGUGUCGAAUACAAAACCAUCAGCAAUCUUCAAAAUUUCCAACUUAAAGAAGAAUCAUGAGUUUGAAAAUAUAAAUCAAACAGUGUUUGGCGUUGAAAAAAUUUCCCACAAUGCUCAGAUUGGUAUAUCAGUGGAGCCGCUUAGUGUUAUUGAACUGCAAACCGCUGCUGUUGUAGAAGAACAAAAUAACACAUUUACCUCGUUCAGUCAGAAGAUGUUAUCACAUUUCUUUAACUACGUAUCAAGUUUCUCUGUUACGCAGCAACAAAUGUUACCAAACCCAACUGAAAACUUUAUACCACUGUCCAUAAUGCAAAAUUGGUAUACUACAUUUUUAAGAAGAAUGGAGCAAAAUCCGAAUUUCUGGAAAGCAUAAUCGAAAUGAAGCCUGCUACCAACGUUUAUACAAUAAACUUUGCAUUUCUCAAAGAACCAAACAUUGUCUGUUUGAGCAAACGUUUGGUUACAACACCGAUCUGUGGUAUAGAUUCGACGAUUAUUAUUCAUUUGCAAAUAGUAUUCCAGUUGAUGGAGUAUUGCAGAUGAGCUGAUGUGUACUGCCUUAUACAACCAGUUUUAAAAAAAAAAAUAAAUGUAUGUAAAUAUUUAA